CUAUCAAUGGACACGAGACUAAUCGCAAGUCUCGAACAUGUCGGAUGACGCAUGGGAUGCCGAUGAUUUCGAUCCUGAUAAGGGAUUCGAAGCCGUAAAAGUGCCAGGAGUAAGUAACGACAAAUGGGAGGGUGAAGAUGAAGAGGACGCAGUCAAGGAGAGCUGGGAAGAUGAGGAUGAAGAAAAAGUAGAUCUCCAAACGACAGUGGCCCCCAAGAAAAAGAAAAAGACUGUGAAGGAAAAGAUUGCAGAAAAAGAAGAAAAGAAGAGGUUGGAACAUGAGGCAAGGAUAAAAGCUAUGGAGGCAAUGACACCAGAGGAAAAAUUAGCAGAAAAACUUAGACUCCAGAAACUGCAGGAAGAAGGAGAUCUGGAGAUAGCCAAGGAAACUUUUGGCAUGCAGCAAGGUCUUGGGAAGACGGGAAUUGAUGCUAUGCACCCAGUGUCAAAAGAUGAGUUUGAGGAAUUCGAAAAAGCACUGAAGGAUAAACUUAUACAGUAUGAAAAAUCUGCAUUUUAUGUAGCUUUUCUAGAAAAUUUGUUUAGAGAUGUCACUGCUGGAUUGGAGGUUGAUGAUGUAAAAAAAUUAGCUAGCACAUUGAAUGCAAUUUCAAAUGAAAAGACAAAAGCAGAAAAAGCCUUAAAAGGGAAGAAAAAGAAAAAAGCAAGUAGCCUUAAUGUGGGACGAGGAGAUAUAAUGGACAGUAUUGGUGCAGCUGAUGAUUAUGGAGAUGAAUUUGAUGAUUUCAUUUAGCACCAGAUUAGAUUGCUAUUGAUAAACUUUUUCAAGAAAAUUCAGGGUUACUUAAAACAUCAACUCUUUUGCCAGAAACAACCUGUAAUACCUGGCUAAAUUGGAAGUAAUCACUAAUGACUUUUCUGAAUUGAUUUUUAUAGGACAAUUUUUAUGAAGAUAUUUUUGGUAGAUGGGGCAGCUAUUUAUACAAUAUAUAUAUUCUCAAACACUGACUAUGCUUGCAAUUGAUUCCAACCAGCCUCACCGUUUCACAGUAAGAUAUAUUGCUAGACUUCACAGAUUGAAAGUGAAAGUGACUGCCCUGUUAAUUUGUAUGCUUACAAAUAUUCCGAUAUUUUGGUUUCUCUUUAUAAAAUAAGAAAUUUUGGUUAUAUUUAUGUAAGUGGGGGUUAUAAUAGUUUCAGAUCAAUGAUUGAAAUCCCAGUUCGGAAGUGCGUUAAAGAAAUGCAGGAGAAUUUCCUGGCGACAAUUUUCUGGUACUUCCUUAUUAUAGAUUCUUAUUUCUUGAAUUUUACUAAACGAAGACGGUAUUCUUUUUAGGAGAAAUGGGAGCAUAAGAAUGUCCAUAAUUGGAAGGUGUGUGCCUGGGUUUUCUUGAUGACGCUAUGAACCAUAUUUCAUUUGUCUUCAUAAGUGUUUGUGAAAAUGAAGUCUUCCUUAAACCAUUUCUAUAGACUUAGAAUAUUGUCCUGCAAAACUAACUGACCACAUAUGAUAUAUAGAACAUGCUCUAAACAAAAAUGUUCAUCGACGAAUUUUUGUGAAAUUAUUUGUUAAAACAAGUUAAAACGGCGUUUGAGCUGUUUUUCAUUAAUGUAAUGAAACGUCUAUUAAAGUCUGGAAUAGCAUGUCAA